AGAUGUGCCAGAAGUGACCAUUUAAUUUGAAAGCAUAAUGAGUUUCCUUGUCAGCCGCCAUCCCAGUCCUUGGUUUUACUCCUCUGUCAGGUGACAGCUGGGAAAGCAGUGCGUUUCCUCAGUCAAAGCAGAGCCUUCAAGGCUGAGGGAGAGCGCUGCGGGCUACUCCAGCAGGUCUGCUCAGGACCCUGUGUCCAAACCAGAGCUGCACUCCGCACUGGAAGAGGUGAGCAGAUCAGCUGACAGCUGGAACACGACAAGAUGGGAAGUGGAAUUAGUUCCGAAAGCAAGGAGUCAGCCAAGAGGUCCAGAGAGCUGGAGAAGAAGCUUCAGGAGGAUGCAGAGCGAGAUGCCAGGACGGUCAAGUUGCUUCUCUUAGGAGCAGGUGAAUCUGGAAAAAGUACCAUUGUCAAGCAAAUGAAGAUCAUCCACAAGAAUGGUUACAGUGAGCAAGAGUGCUUGGAGUUCAAAGCGGUGGUCUACAGCAAUACACUGCAGUCCAUCCUAGCCAUUGUGAAAGCCAUGGCCAUGCUGGGGAUUGAUUACGUGAACCCCAGAAGUGCCGAGGACCAACAGCAGCUCUGCUCGGCGGCAGAGACCCUGGAGGACGGGGUCAUGACGCCCCAGCUGGCUGAGGUGAUCAAACGACUGUGGCAGGACCCGGGGAUCCAAGCCUGCUUCGAGAGAGCGUCUGAAUACCAGCUCAACGACUCAGCGGCUUACUACCUUAAUGAUAUAGACAGAAUAGCAGCUCCCGGGUAUGUGCCAAAUGAGCAGGACGUUCUGCAUUCGCGAGUGAAGACGACCGGAAUCAUUGAGACUCAGUUCUCCUUCAAAGACUUGCACUUCAGGAUGUUUGAUGUGGGUGGACAGAGGUCAGAGAGGAAGAAAUGGAUUCACUGCUUCGAAGGAGUCACGUGUAUUAUAUUCUGCGCUGCACUCAGUGCCUAUGACAUGGUCCUAGUAGAAGACGAAGAAGUGAACAGAAUGCACGAAAGUCUUCACCUGUUCAACAGCAUCUGUAACCACAAGUACUUUGCAUCCACUUCCAUUGUCCUCUUUCUCAACAAAAAAGAUCUCUUUCAAGAAAAAGUGAACAAGGUGCAUCUCAGCAUCUGCUUUCCAGAAUACACUGGCCCAAACACCUUUGAAGAUGCAAGCAGCUACAUCAAGAACCAGUUUCUGGACCUGAAUUUGAAGAAAGAAGACAAGGAGAUUUAUUGCCACAUGACCUGCGCAACGGACACCCAAAACGUCAAGUUUGUGUUUGACGCAGUUACAGAUAUAAUCAUCAAAGAGAACCUGAAAGAUUGUGGGCUUUUUUAAUUAACCCUUUCCUCUUCCGCUCAUAUGAUCUUUACAAGAUAGGAAAGAAGGGUGCUGUAGGAUUAGUUUGAAUAGAUACUAACUUAUCUAGAAGCAUAACCUGCAUUCCAAAGAAAGUCCCCCCCUAAACAAUGUUGAUGUUAUUGUCAGUCCUAGCCAGAUAAGCUUCAAUUUCUCCAUCAUGUGGAGCACACUGUCCCUGGUGUCAUCAGUGCUAAACACAUAUAUAGGUAACUGUAACAGCAGAUGUCAGUGACACCAAAUUUUCUUGGCAGUAAACAUCUGCAAGUGGGUUAUUUUUCAUCAUAGAUUAAUGAAAACGCAGAGUAUUCCAUGUUAUUUCCAUGAACCAGAUUUUAACAUUCGAUUUUACAGACAAUGCAACCAGGCCUGCACUGUACAGGCUGUUCAUGUGAUCUGAGCGUUGUAUUGGUCAACUUAGCUGUUACAAAUGGAAUAUUCACUACACAAAUUCCUGCUGAAGGGCAGGCCAUGUCCAACAUCUGUUAAACUCUGUCCUUAAAAACCUGAAAGACAGACUUCCCCUUAGAGGUAAAAAUUUAAUGCUGUACAUCUUUCCACUGCUUGGUAGAAGACAGGAGGAAGGGUAGAGCGAGGUACGCAAUGUCAGGCUCAGGCGACCUGGACCACAGCCUUCAGGGGAGAAGUCGCUCCCCACUUCUUAUUCCACAGUGGCGUGAAACAUUAUUAAGUAGGAAUAAGCAAAUCAGACAUAUUUAGAAGAUAAAUUCAGCUUCUGUAUUUGUACUUCAUGGUACUUCUAGAUAUUAUAAUUUAUUCUAGUAGUCAGGCCUACUUUUGCAAAGCUAAAUUGUUACUUUAUAAACUAACUCAUGUUAUUUAUGGAGAUAAAGAAAUGAUUUGUGUGUGUUUAUGUGUGUGCAUGCGCAGUGUUUUGUUUUGGUUUUUUUUGUCUCUUUUUUUACAAAGUGUCAACAAUUUCCCAAAUACACCCUUAAGGCAUGGCUGGAUAUCGUCUUUCCUUCCACCCUCAUGAUGUGUAAUAUAUAAGUCAGACUACUAGAUCAGUGCACACUAGUUGUAAUGAUUCUUAAGAGAAACUUAAUUAGAUCUUUUACAAGCUAGGUGAGACGCAGGGAGCCUAAGAAGCAGUUUGCCAAUCUCCCGUUCUGGGGAUUUUGGCAGCGCUGCCCCUGGGCAGAGCUACUCCCUUGUGUGUAACACAUUUCCUUCCUGAGCAGGUAAGAGCGAUCAACGCUCAAUAAUUUUGACUGUAAUGCCUGUGGCUCUUUCCCCAAAAUUACAAAAAAAGUUUAAAAAAUGCAAUAAAAUGAAGAAUAAAUUAUAUUUAAAAUUUAAUUUUAAAUUUUUAUGCAGAACAUCCAUUAUUAAAAAGCCGAAGACACCCAGUACAGAAAAGCAUUAGGAAUCAUUGAGCCCAAGCAUCCAGUGAAGUCAGAUUGCUCAGCAGCAGUCUCUCUAGGGUAACAAGCCAACAUUUUGCUAGGGGACAUUCAACGCUAUGAGAUUUUAAAUUAAGAUUAUGCGUACUAUGAUCUCCUCCACGGAUUUUUUUUUUUUUUGUCU